AUUUUCCCAUAAUCCGUUUGGGACGGAGGUGGAGGAGACUUCCGGUGUUAGAGGCGAACGGAUAAUUAAAACUUAAAAUUGGUUAUAGUCGAAGAAGUGCAAGUACUUUUGCAUGUUGUAUACUACGUUACCCAAAGUUGCUAUAGUUAAGUGUGCGCAAUGUCGGCCCAGGCUCAAAUGAGAGCACUGCUCGAUCAGUUAAUGGGGACUGCGAGGGAUGGUUCAGUGUAUCUUUGCCAGCCUACUUCAAUCUGCAGGGGAGUUACAGGCCUCGUGUUCAUCGAGCCGCGACGAGACUCGGCAGCGGGUGAAGUUCUCGGACGAGCGCGUCUGCCGGAGCCACCUGCUCAGCUGCUGCCCCCACGACAUCCUGUCCGGAACGCGCAUGGACCUCGGGGACUGCCCUAAAACCCACGACCUGGCGCUGCGGGCCGACUACGAGAUCGCCUCCCAGGACAGGGACCUGUUCUUCGAGCUGGACGCUGUGGAUCACUUGGAGUCCUUCAUUUCGGACUGCGACAGAAGAACAGAGCUGGCCAAGAAGCGCCUGGUUGAAACUCAGGAAGAAAUCAGCGCUGAAGUGGCUGAGAAGGCGGAGAAGGUGCACGAGCUGAACGAGGAGAUGGGGAAGCUGCUGGCCAAGGCGGAGCAGCUGGGCGCCGAGGGCAACGUGGACGAGGCCCAGAAGGUUCUGCAGGAAGUGGAGAGAGUGCGCGGCAGGAAGAGGGACGCGGAGGACGAGUACAGGAACUCCAUGCCCGCCUCCAGCUUCCAGCAGCAGAAGCUGCGCGUGUGCGAGGUGUGCUCCGCCUACCUGGGUCUCCAUGACAACGACCAGCGGCUGGCCGACCACUUUGGGGGCAAGCUGCACCUGGGCUUCAUCCAGAUCCGAGAGAAGCUGGAACAGCUGAAGAAAACUGUAGCAGACAAGCAGGAAAAACGGAAUCAGGAACGUCUGAAGAGGAGAGAAGAGAGGGACAGAGAGGAAAGGAUGAAGAAGAGGACGCGAUCACGGAGCAAAGAAGACAAGAGGUCCCACUCGCGGGAGGAGAGGAAGCGGCGCUCGCGGUCGGCGUCACGGGAGAAGCGGCGCUCUCGCUCGCGGUCCAGAGACCGGGAGAGGCGCCACAGACGCCGCAGCCGCUCCCCCAGCAAGGGGCACCGGCACAGCCGGGACCGGGACCGGGACCGAGAACGCGACAGGGACCGGGACAGGGACCACAACCGGGACCACAACCGGGACCGCGACCGCGACAGGGACAGAGAAAGAGACAGAGCCAGGGACCGCGACAGAGACCGCAACUCCAGACACAAAUAGGGGCCGGGAGCCGCGCGCUCUACUCACCACACUUCACCAGACCAGGCUAAAGUGAGCGUGGGGUGGGGCCGGCACAGGAGCGGACAAUCCUAGCCCCCCUCCCCCCCCCCCCCACUACCCCGCCUCUGCCGUGGGGGGUGGCUUCAUUUCCAGUCUUUCGAUCGAUCGGUUAAUGUCAUUGAAAAAGGGCUUUUUAAGAUCCUCGGUAAUUUUGUACUUUUAUUAGAUUUUAACCCAGAGCGGGUGACCCUUCUCUUCCCGCAGGUAGUUUCAUUUGUCACCCGAUGUCAAAAAAUAUCAGCGUUUAAGACUUUGAGGUGCUAGUGCUUCAGUUAAAGAUGUCCCCUCUUUCAAAAGGAACAAUGUUCCAUGGCCUCUUACAUAAAGUGAAAUCAUUAGUUCUUAAAAACUGAUGUGAUUUUUAAAAGUUCAAGGGAAUGCCAGUUCUUCGUAAGGUUAAUAUGCUUGAGAUAAUGUUCUGUCUAGACUGUCAGUCACCCCUCAUUAGAUGGUAAAAAUGCCCAAUUAAAUAUCAUUAUAAGCUAGCUGGUUAUACUUCAGUAAUUACGGUUUUGGUUGGAACAAGGUCAGCGAACACAGACCCCCAGGUUUGAGGCUGGGGACCCCUAGUUUAUACACAUUACUGAAAUGCAUCCCAUAAUGGUACAAAACCUUUUAUAAAAUAAAUUUGUAUGUUUCAUUUAUGUAUUUCAUGACCCUCGGUUGAAUUGUGCUGCAUCCUGUUCCUCUUUGUUGAGCAAGUGCGGAGCACUUACUGCUACCUUGAAAGUUUAUUCCAGCUUAUUGUUUUAAUUGCAUUUGUUUUAUUUUUCCCCAAAAUAGAUUUCAUGCCUUUUCUACAAUUAUAGUUAUGAACUACUGGGCUUUUUGUCAUCAUGUGCAACUGGUUCAGAAGAAAUCUCUGAAGUCAAAUCUUCUAAUUGGACCUAAGUAUCCGACUUGAGCAUCCAUCCUUGUUCUCAGCAUGAUUGGUUUGAAACUUUGUCCUGAACGAGUUGUCAUUGUGGUUAAGAAUGUCUGCUACCAUAAAACGGUUUAUAUUGAUAUUGUACAUUUUAACCCCUUUAUCCUGUAUUUGUUUUUUUUUUUUUUGUAAAAAUCCUCAUUGUUGUAUCCGAUGACAAAUAAAUUGAGAAGUUUGGCCUUGUGGUUCAGA